UUCUGCAUAAUAACCGACACGCCGGCGAUGAUCUCGCUAACAGGAAAAUAAGCAGACUAAAAUUGGUUCUGUAGCUUAGAUAAAAGGUGACAAUGACAGGAAACAUUUGACAAACGGUAAGUAGGUUUUCCCUUUUUAGCGGUUAACCCGUUAACUGCUGCUGGUGCUUAUGAAGAAAAAAAACUGUGCAGCAGCAUCUACAGUCAGACAGGGGUGUUAACUGCACUGAAGACUUGCAGUGUGUAAAGGUGCAUGUAAAUAAUAAUAAUAAAUAUUAUUCGUGGGUGCUUCUGCUUCUCUGGACAUGUGUUGUUGUUGUUGUGGAUGCACAAGUUGCACAUGUUUUUUCUCUUUUUUCACAAUCUGGGCAGAAUUUAACAUCACUGAGAGGAGCAGUCUGCAGCCCAUUUGUAGCCUGCAAUAAAUGAUGCAGUAGGGGGUUUCAUGCAAUAGGGAAUUUCCUUGUCAUGGGGUUCCUUUUCUAGGCUGCGUUGGAUAAUAAUUGCAGAUAUUUCAGCCUGACAUAUGAGAAAUUUAGAAGCGACCCGGUCUGUUCAACAAACUUCUACCUCAUGACUCCCUCAAGACUCAGGCAGGGAAGUUCCCCAGAUGAAAAACAACAUCACAGAGGCACGUAAGUAAAACACGCUACAAGAUAUUACCAACAAGAUGGCUGAAUUGAAGUAUUACAGCCUUCAAAUGAUACACAUACAACUUUACAAGUGUCACUGUUAAUGGGCUGGUGCUGCUUUAAUUUGACACAGUUUAAAUAUACAACAGCUUUACAAAAUAGAUGAAAAAAAGAUGUUGCACAUCCUCUCACGUCUUAUCUGUCUUAGAAAUGUUCCUCUUAUCUAUGUCAAUAGAUUUAACAGGGAAAAUACAUUGCUGGUUCAAUUUCUUUAGUGUACUUUGGUAACAGAGAAUAAUUGAAACACACAGGUAACGGUUCAAUACAAUGAUUAAUGCAGAAAAACUGUAUAGAAAAUGGUGUGUUCCUUUUAAAUUGAGUUUAUAUCAUAUAUUGCAUAUACAUCAUGAUUUUUUCACUUCUCAUCUUAAUAUUUGGGUUUUGGUUCUAUGGAUAUUUGAACUACUCAUAUUGUCACAAAUUGUGUAUUGACAAUUGCAAUGUAUAAAAGUUUUUUUUUUUUUUUAAAGAAUCCUUUAUCUCGUCUGUUUCUCAUAAUCUUCAUCUUCUAUGGGAUCAUAUUUGACAGGAGUGAUCAUUAAUGGAUGGCUGGUAUGUGGUUUCAGCCAUUCAAUGAAAGGAAAAAGUGUCUUUUAGCCUUCUGUUGAUGAGCAGGUGUGAGCAGGCAACAUCUUAUAAAUCAGAAGCAUCAGAAUCAGAUUUAUUAGCCAACUACAAGGAAUUUGACUCUGGUUUGACUCAACAAACAAAGUUCAGGAGAGAUACACAUGUGCAAAUAAAUAAGAAAAAAAACAAAUACUUAUAAAAAAAACUAAUGGACAACAACAUGGGUACAUACAGAUGGAAACUGUCUUGGUAAACUGUAACAGGAUAAGAGUCUAAGAGUGUGAGCAGUGCUGAAAUAAUGGCUCAUGUAAUAUGUUACUUUACAUACAUGCAGUGUGUGAUUAUGAACUAAUACUGAAAAUGGUCAACUAGCCUAUAUAAAUAAAUAAAAAGAUAUUCAACUCUUUUAUGUUAAAGAUGGGUCAACCUGCAGAUAUCUACUAUAUCUCAGGGUAUAGUAGACCACACCUGAGCCUGAAAAUCAUUAGGUUAAAAAUUCACCCAGUUUGGGUCAAUAAAGCACCAAGACAAUAAUGGGUUAACUUGGGUUAACAUUCAACAGAUACACACGUUAUUAACAAUCAAUAACAAACAGCGACAUGUAGGUUUAAAACGAGUAUAACAAGCUUUAGUAAAAUAACUAAAUAACACUAAACUAAAACAAGCCCUUGUCUUGAGUGGCUUUCUGGGUAACAAUGUUGGUGUUGGUGGGUAAAACGGCAUACAGAACUGCACUGGUUGACUAAAAAGCCUGUCAGGUGCAUUCAUAUUCACUGUAGCCUAAAUGAAGCAGACCCCCCACCUAAAAAUCUUGCAUCCAACAGUGACUCCGAUCGCUCUGACAGUAGAGCAACAAAAAAGCAGAGGAACUACAUGCAUAUGACCAAAUCUCCACAAUAUCCCUCCAACAUCCUACUCGAUGAUCCGCAGUGAUUUGCCAGCUCCUGUUGUAGCUCCGCACCCCGGGCUCCUGCAGCUCCUCCCUCCGCUGCUGCACGCAUCAGCUGAUCCGUCACGUGGGCUUGUGUCGUGGGUCAACCCUUUUGCAAAAUGGAGUUGUCCGAAUCUGUGCAGAGAGGGCUCCAGUCUCUAGCAGACCCGUCGGCGUUCGAUCAGACCAGCUUCCCGGCGCUGGUAGACGUGUCUUUCCAGAGUCUGCUCUCUUCUCACGGCGACCCGGCUGUCCUCGAUCAGCCCCAACUGAAGCAGAUCGACCAGAUCCUGCUGAAACAGAGCCACGCUGCAGCGGUCACCCUCAUACUGGAGGCAGUCAAACAAAACGCAGACAAGUCAACUGUAAGCUCCUGCCUUGAAGAGCUCACAUUCAGUGCAGAGAGAAUAGAAAUAUUCUGUGGCACAUAUCAGAGACAUAAAAAAGAACUAGAGCAUUUGUUAACAAGCAUAGGAACACAGCCACCUCGGGUUAACGACGUGUCGUGGCGCCUGCAAUACCACAUGAAGAAUGGACAGCUCGAUAAGGUCAACGAGCCUUUCUACUUGAUUUCAUUGAACACUGAGACUAAAGGAACCCCUGAAGAUAUCAACUUCACCUGCACAGUGGAGCAGUUACAGGAUUUGGUGGGAAAGCUGAAAGACGCUGCCAAGAGUGUGGAGAAAGCCAGUCAGAUGUGAUGCUGGUGACCAGUUUCUUCGCCACAAAGCAACUUCACUUCACCGGUUUCCAGCUGCAUUGUUCAUCUCUUUAUUGCUUCUUUUGUACCUGAGAUUGACGCAUGAUGUAUGAGCCAGUUAUCAUUCCAACGUGUGUGUGUUAAUUAAAACAGAAAAAUA